GACGUGCACGGACCAGUGUCCGGACAGCACGGUGAGGACGUGCGCGAUGCCGAGCGCAGCCAGGGAAACCAGGCCGGCCUCCAGGCAAGCAGCAUUUGAAAUUACUACGCGCUACUGUUCAAAAGAAAUGGAGGCGUAUGGGCAAUGUGUGGCUUCCAACCCGUCCACUUGGCAGAUGGACUGUCACCAGCUGAAAACCAGGGUUGCACAGUGCACAUCAUCGCACCCGGUCAUUCAGAAGAUCCGUGCAGAGUGUGCAGAGCCCUUCCUGGCUUUUGAACAGUGUUUGAAGCAGAACCAGUCUUCUGUUGUGAAUUGCACAGACCAUGUCAAUGAGUUCCUCGCCUGUGCAGAGAAAGUCAAAAUGCCAGCUUUAGGAGAAGCUGUGCAGCAAGGAAUGUGAGGGUCUGACAGGCUCGGUCUCAUUGCCACCACACAUUCCACUUGUAGGCAGCUGCCCAAGCAAGACCCUUCCUGUGAUGGGCGAUGUGUGACCUGACCAGUCAGGAUUGGAAGAAGGAAGCAAAGGGCUGUGGACUUUUCUGUUGAAAUUAAUUUACAUUUGGAAUGAUGUAGCGUUUAAAUCAGAGCUUUUUCAUAAAGGGAGGUGCUGUAAGAGCACACUGUUUUAAAAACAUUUUAAAAGAGGAACAGUAAUGGUAUGGUAAUCCACAAUCGUCAAGAGGGAUGAUGGCGGGGGCGGACAUGUCCAUGUACUUUCUGGUGUCUAGGGGCCAGCAUUUUAUUCUCCAGAAGAUUGGAGCAGAUAUCUUACACAUAGUCCCCUAUCUGGUUCUCCCUAACAUUUGGCAGCACUCUAUUUGUGAAGUUAUCAAGGAUCAAGUUGCGAAAGGAAAUCUUGCACUAACUUGACAUGGGAUGCCUGCAAGAGUACGUCACAGACAUAGGUGACAGUAAAUAGGGCAGUAAAUGGAAAUCUGCAACACCAGUUUGAGUGUAAUAUGCAUAGUGUAAUAUGAAUGUACAGAUUAGGAGCAGGAGUAGGCCAUUUGAUCUCUGUUGUCAGGUCUGCCCUUCAACAAGAUCAUUGCUGAUCUUUUGUGGCCUGUCUACAUUCCAGCCUCCUCCGAUAGCCAUUUUGUUAGUGUACUAUGCUGAGGACGUGAAUUCCAAAGACUCUCAACCCUUGAAGAAAACAAAGAAUCUCCCCUCCCUUUAGUUUUUAAAUGUGUCCCCUGGAUCUGGCCUCUUCCACAGGGGAGGAGAACUUCCAGCAUCCACCCUGACAGGAUAUCCCCUGGCGCUUGGUAAGUAAAGAUUCACAUUAGUUUGGUUCCUCUUUCAGCUUUUUCCAGGUUACACAGAGUUGCAAUGCUGAUUGAACCUUUUCUGACAUGAAGGUGAUAAAAUUUGUGAAAAGCAAUUUUAUAGCAAUUACAGGAAGAAUGACCAUUAGAAAAACUAGACAAAUAAUGUGAGAGAUCCACCUCAUUCUCCUGGUACUUGCAUGACUGACCAAUGAUGGAAUUGUUGCAACACGCAAUCUGCAGAUUCAGAUAAAACAGACUCGGGUGUGAGGUAGAAAAAGUUUCCCAUACAUCCAACCCACAGGUCCAAAGCCUGAAAACCCCUCCCAAAUUUUAUACCCUUAUUGUGUACUCUUUUGAAAGAUUUUACCUCUGUUCUCCUAAUCAUUUAAGAAACAGUUAAAAUACAUUGGGAAGGACAAGCCUGUCUGGUCUUCUGGAUGAGCAGUAAUGGGCUGAAUGGUCUCCCUCACCCAUAUCAAUUUCAUGAUCUGUACAAAACUAGUGGCUGCUUGAAAGCCAGACAAGAGACAGAUUCAGUCAAACUGAACAGCGUACAGGUAUCUUUAUUAAUCCAAAUUGGCAUAUCACACACGUACAUUUACCCAUUUGAACAAUUCCUGAAGAGUAGAAACAUUAUCUUUGCCUCAGUUCCAUUCAGCAAACGUUGCCAAAGCACCUGGGAUGGCUCAGUGGUUAGCAAUGCUGCCUCACAGCACCAGGGACCCAUGUUUGAUUCUGCUCUUGGGUGACUGUCUGUGUGAAGUUUGCACAUUCUCCCCAUGUCUGCGUGGGUUUCCCCUGGGUGCUCUGGUUUCCUUCUACAGUCCAAAGAUGUGCAGGUUAGUUGGAUUGCCUGUCGUGUCCAGGGAUGUUUAAGUUAGUUGGGCUACACAUGGGGAAAUGCAGGGGGAGGGGAAUGAGUUGGGGUGGGAUGCCCUUUGGAGGGGCAGUGUGGCCUAGUUGGGCUGAAUGGCUUCCAUACUGUAGGGAUUCUGUAAUCAAUAGUAAACAAAAUGGUGCCAUUCACUGACUCCAAUUUAUUGGUUAUGGAAUGGAGAGUGUAGAGCUGGUGGCUCUUGACUAUCUUCCAACAGCUUUGCUGAGAGGGGCUAUAAUUGUGAUUUAGGAGCAGGGCACGUUCUCCAAUCUCUAAACUACAAUUCACGUGGGAGAGGCAGCUCCCUCUGCAUUUGAAGCCUAGAUUUGGAAACCAGCCUUUGGCCUGUUCUCUCCGUUGAACAAAAUCUAUCCAGCCCAAUGUCCUGCCAUAAUAUGCUACUGAAGGACAGAUUGCAGUUGAUUUGCAUUGCAAUCCUGGAAUAUACAAAAAAAAGAGCAGAAGUUGGCCGUUCAACCAGAAGGAUAGCGACAGGGCGACGUGAGAGAGUAGGAGUAGCAUUAACACCAGGCUCAGUAAGUUUGGCCAAAUGACUCAUUUCUGUGCUGAAAAUACUUGCAAGCCUUUCCCGUUUUGCUGUUGUUCUCUUCACUGCCUCUUCAAACUGACUCAGGCUUGAAUCACAUUUUGUGGGAACGAAAGGCACGUGCAAUGCCUCACUGGAGCAGCACACUGCAAAUCAAACUAUUCCUGGAAUCAUCAUAAAAACUAAAAAGGUUUUAUAAAAGUGAACAGAAUUCCCUGAUUUAUCUGCCUUAAAGCCAGCUUAACAAAAAGCAGGUAGCAAGUUUCUGUAUUUAGCGAGAACGACUAUUACGUAUGAAUAGUUACAGGUAAACCAGUAUGAUUGUCCACAUAUACUUCUACUAUUUAACACUUUAACCCCUUAUAAAACACCCUCCACACACUUAAACAAGGUUAGCAAAGAAAAAUAAACAGGCUUACUUCAUGAUUAGGUUUGUUAACAGAACAAAGGGGAACACCAUCUUCCUUUUCAGUAACCUGAAUACUUCUGGUCCUAUCGUUCACACCCACAAGCUGUUCAAUUACCCAGGAGGCCACCGUGCAGUUGUUGGCAAGCAGAUAGUCAAAAGGACUGAAGAAUGAAAAGAUAAAGUCUUCAUUUCCCUCCCUGCUGCCCCCAUCUUUUCCAAUUACCACUUACUGUUAGACCAGUUAGGAUGAAUCACUCACAAUCCAUCAGAACAGGACCAAAGAGAAAGUUAGUCCUAAAUGUUGCUUUGAUUUUAAUCUUUUCCAACUGUGCCUUAUAUUUCUGAUGUGUUCUUUCAGGACUUGGAGGUGCUGCUCAACUCUCCAGGGACAAAUAAAAUUAAAUCUGCCUCCUUUUCUUAGCCUUUAAUUUCAUAAUUUGUGUGCUGCUGUUAUUCAGACCUGAGUGAAUGUACAAAUGUCACUUAUUGAAAAGCCAUCUUUAGCUAGUUUAACGUGGUUAUGGUAAGUAUCUGAGUUGACCAAUUUUAGCUAGUCUGAGAAGUCAGACAAGGGACUAUCUUCCAGUUUCAGCUCUCCAUUCUGUCCUGUUAGCCAGUUGCUGAAGGUGGUGAGUGAACCAAUGUAACUGCCCCAUUGUUUGCUCAUAGUUUCCCCAGAGAUAAGGAAUUGGCCAGGAGAUAGUAAGGAUUGCUGAUGGUGGAAGCGAGAGUCAAUAAAAGUGGAGCUGGAUAAGCACAGCAGGUCAGACAGCAUCUGAGGAGCAGAAAAAUCAAUAUUUCUGGCCAAAAUCCUUCAUCAGGGCUGGGGGGGGGAGGGUAGCUGAGAUGGAGAUAGGUGAAUGCAGUUAGGGGGUUAUUAUGUUUGGUCAGUGGGAAGGGUGGAGUGGAUAGGUGAGUAGGAAGAUGGACACAUUGAGGGAGGAUAGAUUUGAAGCUGAUGAUGCACUUAGGAGGUUACUGUGGUUGGUUAGUGGGAAGGGUGGAGCAGACAGGUGAGUCAGAAGAUGGGCAGGUUGGGGGAGGAGAGAUUUUGAAGCUGGUGAAGUCGAUAUUCAGGCCAAUGGGCUGUAAGCUCCCAAGGGAAAAUAUCAGGUGUUGUUCUUCCAGUUUACGUUUACAACAUCACUCACCUGAAUCUCUCACCUGUCUCACUUACUCCAACCAUUCCAACAAAUGAGCUUUAUUUAAGGGUCCUCUGGCCAGUUACACUCUGCUUUAACCUGUCUCUAUUUGUUGGUUCCAAGGAAACACAUCCAUCAUAAGAUCCAAACCUUCUCAGUUUGCCUUAUGACACUUAAGCAAAAUUUCUUAUUUUUGUAGGCAUUGCUCAAUAUUGAUUUUUGUGUUUGGCAUAGUUUCAACAAUAGCUCAUAGUUCAGAAGGGAGUCCAAGGUCGAUUGACCUGGCCGGGUUGGCCAUCUGGGCCAGGGAAUGUGUGCAUGGAUGGUUGAUGAAUCAGCGCACCUCCACUUCUGCUUUGGGUAACCGGAAUGUUUUGAAAUAGGACCAGAAAAUUUCCACUACCAGAAUAACAGGUGUGGGUGUUGCCCCCGGUACCAGUGAUAUAAGUUGGUUGAUUACUUGUUUCGGGACUUGCCGUAGUUGGGGGAUGGUAAUAUGGUGGAGCAGGGUUGGGAUGUGUACUUGAAUCUGCAACGGGGCAGAUGGAUGAUGAGUGUGCCCAUUCUGUUUGUCAUAGAUUGUACCAGGUAUGACAAUCAUCCCAGCUAUGGGCCUGAACUUCAUCGUCACUGUCAGGCCUCAGUCCAGGCUUAAUAGAAAUCAUCAUUUUAUUACAGUUCUUAUUUGAAACCAGUCCAUCAUUACUUAGGUUCUUUUUUACUAUUUUCCUCAAUUUAUUUACUUUUCUGAAUUGACUCUUCCCUCCUUCAGUUAGAUUCUGUCUGCCAACUUUGAAAAGUUGACCAUUCAAUUUCUUUCUUCUUUGGUUUCUCACUUUGACUCAAAAUCACACCUAAUUGUUUCAAGCAAUCGCAAUUAAAAUUGCCAUCAGGGGUAAACAGCUUUUCUGUUUUCUGCAUCGAAUUUACCCAUUUGUCGACAAAUUUGACUGAAUUGGGCCCACGAUACAUCACAUCGGAGACACUGUUCCCCAUUGCGAUCACUUUGCAAAGUAAAAUUAAAUUUAUAGUCAAUCAGUUUGCCGGAAAUUUUAAACGCUAACAGUCCCUGGGUGUUGCAUCACCUGACCAAUGGGGCUCCAACCCUCUUGGAGAGGCAGACUGGCCAUUACCUCCCGGGGAGGACUUUUCCUCUCCCAACUUCUUACAUAAUUUCACUGGAGUUAUACCUACUUCACACAAGUAAAGCCUCUACACUGUGAGACCUCUUUUCCCCUAUUUCUCUAGGGAAUUUAUCUACUCCAGUUCCUUGCUAAUUCUUGGUCAUAACUUUGAAACUCCCUGUCAAUGCAUGGCCGUUCGCGGCUUACCUUGUACUUGGACACAGGGCAAGACUUUGGACCUCACUGGGAAAACAAACCACAAAAGGGAUAAAAUUCCCUUCCCUUUUAUAUGCCGUGGCUGGUUCAGUUACCGUCGAGGCACGGUAACUAGGCCUAUGCCUCAAGCCAGGGGGUUUGCCAUCUCAGUGGAAUCUCCAGGAAAUACUGUUGAAGAAAUAACCAGUCAAGUGGCAGGUUUUUGAACAUUAACAAAUUUAUUGUUUGCAUGCAUGGAGAGUUGACAAACAGAGUUACUAAUA